AUGAGUAUUACUUCUGCGGCUGGGAUAAUUUCCCUGCUCGACGAGCCGAUGCCGGAUUUGAAGGUUUUCGCCUUAAAAAAGCUGGACCAUAUCGUCGAUGAGUUUUGGCCGGAAAUAUCCGAGUCUAUUGAGAAGAUAGAAAUGCUGCACGAAGAUCGAUCUUUCCCAGAAAAUAAGUUAGCUGGAAUGGUGGCGUCAAAGGUCUUCUAUCACUUGGGGUCAUUUGAAGAUGCCCUCACUUAUGCUCUCGGUGCUGGCGAUUUAUUCGAUGUUAAUGCUAGAAACGAAUACACCGAAACUAUAAUUGCAAAAUGUAUAGAUUUUUAUAUUGCUCAGCGUGUUGCGUUUAUAGAAAAUCCCAAGGAAGCUAAACCUGUUGAUGUCCGGUUGGAGGCCAUUGUAAAUCGUAUGAUUCAACGGUGCUUGGACGACGGUCAAUUUCGCCAGGCAUUGGGCAUUGCUCUGGAAACCAGACGUAUGGAUAUAUUUGAGUCCGCUAUAAUGAAAUCGGACGAUGUUAGCGGUAUGCUGGCGUACGCUUACAAUGUCACCAUGUCAUUAAUUCAGAAUCGUGGCUUUCGUCACGAAGUUCUACGUUGUCUGGUUGGUCUUUAUCGCGAUUUGGGAGUUCCAGAUUAUGUCAAUAUGUGUCAAUGUUUAAUAUUUUUGGAGGAUCCGUUGGCCGUUGCAGAAGUAUUAGACAAGUUGACAAGGUCUUCGAAGGAAGCCAACAACUUAAUGGCGUAUCAAAUUGCCUUUGAUUUAUAUGAAUCCGCAACGCAGGAGUUCCUAGGAAAUGUUCUUCAAGCGCUUAAAGAAACAGCGCCCAUUCCUACCGCUCUGCCCAGCAUUUUCAAACCACAGGGCACGAACCCUUCAACCAAAACUGAGGAGGAAAAAUCUAAAGAUGAAUCCAAAAGCGAGGAAGCAGCUAUUUCCUUUUCAGAUCUUAAGACGGAACGCACUGUUGAUUCUCUAAAUGACUCGGAAAAAGCACAUCAGAAGAACAUUGAAAAGCUGAUUUCAAUACUUUCGGGAGAGGUGACAAUUGAUUUACAGUUACAAUUCCUCAUCCGUAGUAACCAUGCAGACCUGCAGAUUCUAAGAGCAACAAAGGAAGCUGUACGCGUAUCUAUAUGUCAUACAGCCACUGUAAUCGCCAAUGGUUUUAUGCAUGGGGGAACUACUUCAGAUCAAUUUUUGCGAGAUAACUUAGAUUGGUUAGCACGUGCUACUAAUUGGGCUAAGCUGACAGCCACAGCUUCGUUGGGAGUCAUACAUCGGGGCCAUGAAAAAGACUCGCUGGCCUUAAUGCAAAGCUAUCUGCCUAAGGAAGCCGGUCCUAGCUCGGGGUACUCAGAGGGUGGUGGACUUUAUGCAUUGGGGUUGAUCCAUGCGAACCAUGGUGCUAAUAUAAUAGACUAUUUGUUACAACAACUGAAGGAUGCUCAGAAUGAGAAUGUUCGUCAUGGCGGUUGUUUGGGUCUGGGUCUAGCUGCAAUGGGAACCCAUCGCCAAGACUUGUACGAACAAUUAAAGUUCAAUUUAUACCAAGAUGAUGCCGUUACUGGUGAAGCUGCUGGCAUUGCUAUGGGCAUGGUCAUGUUGGGAUCUAAAAAUCCACAAGCUAUUGAAGACAUGGUGUCGUACGCCCAGGAGACACAGCAUGAGAAAAUUCUACGUGGGCUAGCUGUGGGAAUUUCCCUAACAAUGUUUUCCCGACUAGAGGAAGCGGACCCCUUAAUCCUUUCUCUAUCCACUGAUAAGGACCCAGUCUUGCGGCGUUCAGGUAUGUAUACUAUAGCUAUGGCGUACAAUGGCACAGGCAGCAAUAAGGCCAUUCGAAAGUUGCUGCACGUUGCAGUUUCCGACGUAAAUGACGACGUCCGACGUGCUGCUGUCACCGCCAUUGGAUUUAUAUUGUUCCGUACCCCAGAACAAUGCCCAUCCGUGGUUAGCCUUUUAGCCGAAUCAUACAAUCCUCAUGUACGGUACGGAGCUGCUAUGGCUUUAGGCAUUGCUUGCGCUGGUACAGGCCUAAGGGAUGCUAUUGCAUUGUUGGAACCAAUGGCUCGUUUGGAUCCCGUAAACUUUGUGCGACAGGGCGCAUUAAUAGCGUCCGCAAUGAUACUUAUACAGCACACUGACAAUACAUGUCCUAAAACCACAUUCUUCCGCUCGUUGUACGACGAAGUAAUCUGUAACAAACAUGAAGAUGUUAUGGCCAAAUUUGGUGCUAUUCUGGCCCAGGGUAUUAUCGACGCUGGUGGUCGAAAUUGUACCAUAUCAUUGCAAUCUCGCACUGGUCAUACAAACUUGCAGGCAGUUGUUGGUACUUUGGUAUUUACACAGUACUGGUAUUGGUUUCCCUUGGCACAUGCCCUCUCAUUGGCGUUCACCCCAACAUGUGUCAUAGGCUUAAAUUCUGACCUCAAAAUGCCUCAAAUGAAAUUCAAAUCAGCUGCAAGGCCUUCUAUAUAUGCAUAUCCUGCUCCUUUGGAAGAAAAGAAAUCUGAGGAACGCGAGAAAGUUGCAACAGCUGUUCUGUCUAUUGCUGCUCGCCAGAAACGUCGUGAGACUGCCGAUAAAAAAGAAGAUGACAAGAUGGACGUGGAUCAAGAUGAAAACAAGGACUCCGCAUCCACGUCCAAAAAAGAAGAAGAUACAAAACCAGACGAGAAAAACAAAGUGGAUGAAAAGAAAAAAGCUGCCGAAACAUCUAAAAAAGAAGAUGAAAAAGAGAAAGACACGCCAUCUAACGAAAAGGAUAAAGACAAAAAAGAGGAUAAGGACAAAGAGCCCAAAUUCGAAAUCCUCGAAAAUCCUGCUCGUGUCAUGAGGCAGCAACUCAAAGUUUUGAGUGUUGCCGAAAAUCAGUCGUAUGUUCCCCUGAAAGAUGUAACCAUUGGCGGCAUUAUAGUGAUGCAACACACAGGAAAGGCGCAGGAACAAAAACUAGUCGAACCUGUUGCUGCAUACGGUCCAAAGAACGACGAUGUUAAGGAGCCCGAGCCACCAGAGCCCUUCGAAUACAUUGAAGAUUAA